AAUUGUUGAUAAAAAUAUAAAAUCAAGAUCAUUUAUAGCUAUAUUAGCAUAAUUAGUCCACUAUUGAAAAUACUUAUUUUAUUUUGUUGAGUCAAGAAACCUAAUUAAUUAAUUGAUGAGUUAGUUCAUCUCAAUUUAGUCUGAUUUGCAAAAGAGUGGUUUCAAUUGCGAUUGAUUUUAAUCAGGUUAUAUUAUAAAUAUUUGGUCAUAACUAAAUCCAAAGUGUUACAUUUUAAAUACAAAAUAGCGAGGCUUUUCUAGCCCUCUCUUAACUUAUUUUCGGACAAAAACAUCACCAGCCCAAUCCUUAAACCAACGCGAUCCGGCUGACCAAACCACUUCAAUACCCAAAAUCGCUCAAUCAUUCAGAACCCUAGCCCCAAAAGAGAACCUCCCUUCCCCGCGUCGAAGUAGUAAAUUCCUUAUGCGCGUUUGAUUUUUGAAGAUCUUGUUCGAGGCAAGGGAAUUUAUUGUCCUUGUUUUCUCCGGCAAAUCACUGCUACUUCUCUCCUUUUUUUCACGAGUAGUUUGUUUUGAUACUUUAUUUAGACAUUGUAUGUGCUUAUUGAAUCUAUAAUUCCUUUAAGCUGAUGGAGAAAGUAGAGAGGAAAAGGUACGGGGAUGAAGAAUCUGAUGAUGAUAGGAGAAAGAGGAAGAGAAGAUACGAGGGUGAAUUAAAAGACAGGAGUCGAAGGAAUGAAGGUGAGACCGAUGACAGGAGGCGACGGGAAGAUGAUGAUGAUGAAAAGGUGCAUAAAAGAAGGAAGGAUGAACAUGGAUACAGGGAUAGGGUUGAUCGGUAUAAUGAUGGUAGAGAAGGGGAUAGGAAAGAGAGAAGGAGAGAUGUAGAAAGAGAAAAGAGAGAAACAGUUGAAGAUGAUAAGCACGGAAAGGAGAAAAAUAGGAAAGAUAAUGCAAAAGAGGAUGGGGCUUUUAAAGCCAAUGAGGAUUCCAAGGUGCAAAAGCAAGAUGGUAAUUUGAGUACAGACUUAGUAGCUAAGAUGGGCAGGAGUGGGGGUGUCUACAUUCCACCGUUCAAAUUGGCUAGGAUGAUGAAGGAUGUUGAGGACAAGAGCAGUGUUGAGUACCAGAGGAUGACUUGGGAUGCUCUGAGGAAAAGUAUUAAUGGGCUGGUGAAUAAAGUUAAUGCUGCCAACCUCAAAAACAUUAUUCCAGAGUUGUUUGCGGAGAAUUUGAUUCGCGGGAGGGGUCUGUUCUGUAGAUCCUGUAUGAAGUCCCAAAUGGCUUCUCCAGGUUUUACUGAUGUGUUUGCUGCUUUGGUAGCUGUUGUUAACACCAAGUUUCCAGAAGUGGGUGAUCUGUUGCUAAGAAGGAUCAUACUGCAGCUGCAAAGAGCUUAUAAACGUAAUGAUAAGCCUCAACUGUUAGCAGCUGUCAAAUUUAUUGCUCACCUUGUAAACCAGCAAAUUGUUCACGAGCUUAUUGCUCUCGAACUACUUACAGUUUUGUUGGAGAAACCUACUGAUGAUAGUGUUGAGGUUGCAGUUGGUUUUGUUACAGAGUGUGGUUCAAUGCUUCAAGACCUCUGUCCAAGAGGAUUGCAUGGAAUCUUUGAGCGGUUCCGGGGUAUACUUCAUGAAGGAGAAAUAGAUAAGCGGGUUCAAUUCUUAAUUGAAAGCCUCUUUGCAUUGCGAAAAGCAAAGUUUCAGGGUUACCCAGCGGUGCGUCCAGAGCUCGACCUUGUUGAGCAGGAAGAUCAAUUAACCCAUGAAGUCUCUCUUUCGGAAACAAUAGAUCCAGAAAUUUCUUUAGAUAUUUUCAAGCCGGAUCUUAAUUUCUUAGAAAACGAAAGGAAGUAUGAAGAACUAAGGAAGGCAAUACUUGGUGACGAAUCUGAGGAAGAAGGGGACUCCGAUGCAGAAUCAGAGGAUGACGAUGAUGAAGAUGAAGAUAGUGAAGAAGAGGACGAGGAGCAAAUGAAAAUAAAGGACGAGACAGAGACAAACUUAAUCAACCUUCGGAGAACGAUCUACCUGACGAUUAUGUCUAGUGUUGACUUUGAGGAAGCGGGACAUAAGCUGUUGAAAAUCAAGCUAGAGCCUGGUCAGGAGAUGGAGUUGUGCAUAAUGUUAUUGGAGUGCUGCAGUCAGGAGAGGACUUAUCUUCGCUACUAUGGACUACUGGGACAGCGUUUUUGCAUGAUCAACAGAAUUCAUCAGGAAAACUUUGAAAAAUGUUUUGUGCAGCAGUACUCCAUGAUCCACAGGCUUGAAACUAAUAAACUGCGUAACGUGGCCAAGUUUUUUGCUCAUUUGCUCGGGACGGAUGCUCUGCCUUGGCAUUGUUUGGCUUAUAUACGGCUGACAGAGGAGGACACCACAUCCUCCUCUCGUAUCUUUAUCAAGAUCCUAUUCCAGGAAUUGUCGGAGCACCUAGGUAUCCGUUUGUUGAACGAGCGUCUCAACGACCCCACUAUGCAAGAUUCUUUGGAGUCUAUUUUCCCGAAAGAUAAUCCCAAGAAUACAAGGUUUGCCAUCAACUUCUUCACCUCUAUCGGUCUGGGUGGAAUUACCGAGAAUUUGCGAGAGUACCUCAAGAACAUGCCAAGGCUUAUCAUGCAACAACAGAAGCCUGUUUCUGAAUCAGAUGAGUCUGGUAGUUCAUCUGAUUCUGAAUCUUCCGGAUCCGAGUCAGAAUCCACAUCAUCCAGUUGUAAGGAAAGUGAUGAUAGUCGAAGGAAGCAGAGGAGGAGGAGGAGAUAGAGACUUUAGACUGCUCAGCAAUCUGAAUACAGAUAUCUAUUGUGAUUGAGAUUGAGAACUAGUUUGUAGGAGUUGUUAUCCUCAGUAACUAGAUUUUUGUUUGCUUUGUAUGUUUAAUCCACUAUAAUUUGUGCAAUUUCAGUUUUGACUAGUUGAACCUUGUGCAAUUUUCUUUCCUUUUUUUUUUUCGUAUUGGUCUGCGAGUACAGGCCUGAACUUCUUUGUUUAUCACUGUAUUGGGAACCUUAAAAAUGUCUACUGAUGAUGCCUGAUACUUUUCUGUUGGAAACAGACAGUAGAGAUUAGAGAGGAAUAAAUGAGAGAUUUUCGUC